UUCCCGCUAUUUUCAGGAACUACAAUUCUGGAUGCGGUUAAAGAAGCAAUUGGAAACAAUAACACCGAAUUUGUAUACGAAGAGAAUCCAACAACCGAAAGCUUAUCCGGACAAGAUUUCUCGUAUGCAAUAGUGGCGGUUGGUGAAGCGCCAUAUGUCGAAUCCGCUGGUGAUAAUUCCGACCUCACGAUUCCGUUUAAAGGAGAGGAAUUACUGAAGCAGGUUGCGUCGGAAUUCGGGAUUCCGACUUUGGCGAUUCUGAUUUCUGGUAGGCCGUUGGUUUUAGAGACAUCGGUUGUGGAAGCAUCGGAUGGAUUAGUUGCUGGUUGGUUGCCUGGGACUGAAGGGAAUGGAAUCACGGAUGUUAUUUUUGGAGAUUAUGAUUUCCAUGGAAAACUUCCUGUUUCGUGGUUCAAAUCAGUAGAUCAAUUCCCUAUGGAUCCUCAACAAAACUCGUAUGAUCCUUUAUUCCCACUUGGAUAUGGUCUAAAAUGUAAAAAUUAAACAUAAAUGUGUUGUUUGUAAUUUAACGCUAUGUUCAUGUUAGAAGACUAUCAGUACACUAUCGGAUGUGUCAUUAAUUAAAUAAUAAUUGCUUGCGUGACGUUCGUAUUUUGUAUUUUUUAUAUCAUAAGAUCAGGUUUACCAAUAACACUCGUUAACUCACUCAUCAACUCAA